AAGACCAGUUGGUCACUCUGACGUUAAAAAUAAAAGUAACUUAUUAAUUCUAUUUAAACAUGGGUGAUUGGGCUAAAAAAGCAGAGGACCAGGAGGUUUCUAAGCUGGUCGACAAACUUAACCUAGACUCUAAAUCUGGAGAAGAAACCGAUUUCGACGUCGCUGAUCCAGCUGAAACAAGUCUCCUCAUAAAAAUACUAGGAAAGGGGCUGGUGAACACAAAGCUAUCUCUCGACAUUCAACAAAAAAAUCCGAAUUCACCCUUACAUUCCGUGAAAACAUUUGAAGCCUUACACCUAAAAGCAUCUCUGUUAAAGGGAAUUUACGCAAUGGGGUUUAAUACUCCAUCAAAAAUUCAAGAAACAGCGUUGCCAACUCUUCUCGCAGAUCCACCGCAAAAUAUGAUAGCACAAAGCCAGUCUGGGACAGGCAAAACAGCCGCAUUUGUAUUGGCCAUGCUUAGCCGAGUCAACGUUUGUUUAAAUCAUCCUCAGGUUCUGUGUUUAUCCCCUACGUACGAGUUGGCAAUUCAAACUGGAGAAGUGGCUGCGCGAAUGGGACAAUUUUGUCGGGAAAUAAAGCUAAGAUUUGCAGUACGCGGAGAAGAGGUUGAUCGCAGUAAAAAAAUUGAAGAACACAUUUUGAUUGGCACCCCAGGAAAACUUUUGGAUUGGGGAAUAAAAUUUCGUUUAUUUGAUAUGAAGAAAAUAUCCGUUUUUGUAUUGGAUGAAGCAGAUGUAAUGAUAGCCACCCAAGGUCAUCAUGAUCAAUGCAUUCGAAUACACAAAAUGCUGAAUCCACAUUGCCAAAUGUUGUUUUUCUCUGCUACUUAUGGUAAAGAGGUUAUGGACUUUGCUCGGCUGAUUGUUGCAGAUCCCACAAUAAUAAGAUUAAUGCGUGAAGAGGAAUCACUUGAAAACAUAAAGCAAUAUUAUGUUAAGUGUAAAAAUGAAGAAGGAAAAUAUAAUGCGAUUCAAAAUAUUUACGGUUGCAUAAGCGUUGGUCAAGCUAUAAUAUUUUGCCAUUGCUUCUAUGCAAUAUGCAAUCCGCUCCUGGUUAUCGACUGCGCCAGUUAUAGAUGGGCCGUAGCUCCACGUGGACAGUUGGUUAAAUUAUAUGUUUAAAUUCCGAACAGACAAAAAGAACUGCUGCUUGGCUUGCAGCAAAAAUGACGUCGGAUGGUCAUUCUGUUGCUGUUCUUACCGGGGAUUUAACAGUUGUGCAAAGACUUGAUGUUUUAGAUCGUUUCCGUUCAGGACUUGAGAAGGUGCUUAUCACUACAAAUAUUUUAUCAAGAGACCUUGAUGGGAUGGCUGACUGUGAAACUUAUUUACAUCGAAUAGGACGGACUGGGAGGUUUGAACCUUCCGCUUUAACGCGAAAUUCGCCUAUUUUUGGUGUGAAAGCUGAAUCAGGGAAAAUAGGAAAGGAAAUUAACCGCAGUAGUAGUGGAGCGGAGAGCGGCUCAAGAGAGAUGCCAAAAGAAAAGGAAAAUAUCUCUCUUUUAAAGUUCUUCUCUCUCACAGGCAACCUAGAUGAAGCGUGGGAUGUACAAAGUGAGUAA